AUGGCUUCGACUCUCCUGCAGCUCCCUCUGGAACUACGUCAACGAAUCUACCACUACGCCUUCGGGAUUGAGAAUAACUCCAUCAAACCGAUAAAACCGAGGAGUCACAACAAGAGACGCGAAUGGUUAAGAUCCACGUACCCCCUCUUCAGCGCUGUGUCUCUGCUCCAAACAAGUCGGCAGGUCUACGAAGAAAGCACAAGCAUCCUCUACGGCGACUACUCUUUUGUCUUCGAUGACAUUCACGAUCCUGAGACCGAAGGCUCCAAGACUGACACUCAUAUCAUAGUCAGGGAGCCUGAAGAGAGUAGUACAUGCGAUGACUGCGAGAUCUACAGGCGCAAAGGGGACCGCCCCUACGUUCCUGCCCUUCAUUUCUCUGUGAACUUCGAGCCACCUGAUUUGCAAGGUUACAUACAUCUGCCUCGUUGUGAUAUUACAGAAAUCACCGAUUGGCUGGAACAAAUAGGGACGCGCAACCGAUCUCUGAUUCGCAGAGUUCACUUCAAAAUCAUCGAGGGCAUAUACGAUGUACCUUUACCUCACGAAAUCUACGUGGAAAUGGCAAGGCUUCAGGGACGAGAAAAUACACGAUGUCUCGGCGGCAAUCCAAUUGCGGCAGCCCUUCAUUACUUCGACGAGCACCUUGAAGUAAGAGAAAUCGAGUUUUCGUGUGACCCCCUACCUGAUGAUACUCCGAACCCUCCAUACGCACGGGAUUGGUACGACAGACGUUCAGAAAGAGUCAUUGUCGCUAUGCAAAAUCUUUUCGAUGAGUCGUCUGCCACUCGAGAUAUCAUUUCAAGCAUGAAGAGUCUGAAGAAGCUUGUGUGGAAAGACUUUCCGCCUGACAUGGAAAAGGUGAUGCGGAGUAUACAUGAGGCUGCGCCGUGCUACUUUCCGAGGACGGAGGAUCUGAUAGGGCAGAUACCUGGCAUAAGAAAGGCUUUUGCAGAGCUCGGAGGUCAAAUAAAGUGA